CACAUUGCAAGCAACAAUUUCCUGGCUUGUGAAGAUCACUAAUCAGUUGAGCUUGCUUUAUUCUGAUUAUUGCUUUCUAUUUCAAGUUCCAAUCGUGCAUUACGGGGUUCCGUCUUACUAGUUUUUAAGUCUUCAGCACUAGGUUUCUUUUAUCCCGACUUUCAAGUGAUUUUUUUUGGUUUACUACUUCUGAGACAUCUCCAACAUGAACAAACUGAUAUAUGAGCUUGCCACGAUAGCAUCGGCAGCUGCCACUGCUGCCAAGGGCUCGAUCAGAAUAGUGUGUGCUGAUACUUCCCGAGUGCUAAACAGUGACAUAGUCAAAUGUGUAACGGGAAAACCGUUGGAAUAUGUGGUGAAUCCUACUUCAUCAGGUGCUAACGCGUCCAGAUCCAUGUACAAAGACCUCCAGGCCAAGUCACUCGCUAACAGACAAUCUCAUAGAAACUACUGCACAAAGCCGAGUAAACGUUCCCAAAAUUACUCGACAAAUGCCCUUGAUGGGCAAAUCAACCCCAGCUUGGAUCCUCUUAAUGAGGAAAAGAUCGCUACAAAGCCAAAAGUGGUUGGUUCCAAGCCUGAAAAAUCAGCACUUGAGUCGUCCGAAGUCCCCAGCUCCAGGUUGGCUAGAAUGUUCCAUUACGGGUCUUUGGCAGCCGGAAUGGGCUUAGGAAUGGCCCAACAUGGUAUCAAGCAUUACGCCCGUACCGAUAGAACUGGACCCAGUGAAGGCUUAUCGUUUAAGAGCCUCUUGUUAAAUCCUCAAAAUAUCGAAAGACUUGCCAAAAAAUUCAGUCAGAUGAGAGGAGCUGCUUUGAAAAUUGGCCAACUUUUGUCGUUUCAAGACUCUGCGGUGAUCCCCAAGGAGAUCCAAGCUAUCUUGCUCAAAGUACAAAACUCUGCCCAUUAUAUGCCAUAUUCCCAGCUUAAUAGAGUUAUGACUGAAGACUUGGGUGCUAACUGGAGAUCCAAUCAUUUUACCUCGUUUGACGAUAUUCCUAUAGCGGCUGCUUCCAUUGGCCAGGUCCACAAUGCUGUGACAAACGACUUGUCCAAAGUGGUGGUGAAGGUACAAUAUCCUGGUGUUGUAAACUCCAUUGACUCGGACUUGAACAAUAUCUUGAUGCUUUUGACGGCAUCUUCGUUGCUACCACCGGGCUUGUUUCUUGAUAAAACCAUAGCAAACGCACGGGUUGAACUCAAAUGGGAGUGUGACUAUAUCAGAGAGGCUCAAAACUUGAUAAGAUUUGAAGAUAUGGUGAAAGAUUAUCCUGAGUUCAAGGUUCCCAAGGUUUACCACAAGUUAUGUGGAACGCACGUCUUAACGAUGGAAAAAAUGGAAGGUACUGAGGUGAUCAAGGGCAAUUGGGAUCAAGAAACCAGAAACUGGAUUGCCACAAACAUCAUGAAGUUGUGUUUGUUGGAGAUCAAGAAGUUCAAAUUCAUGCAAACCGAUCCCAACUGGGCCAACUUCUUAUUCAACGAUAAGACUCACCAGAUCGAGCUUUUGGACUUCGGUGCUGCUAGAGACUUUGGCGAUGAGUUUGUUGAGAACUACGUGGCGGUGUUGAGAGCUGCUAUUAGAAAAGAUAGACAGGCUAUUGAAGAUAUCUCUGUGAAGUUGGGAUACUUGACUGGUUUAGAAAGCCAAAGAAUGGUAGAUGCACAUGUGGAUUCGGUGUUGGUAUUGGGAGAACCCUUCUCCCCCCAGAACAAUGGUGGCAAGACAUUUGAUUUCAGGAAUCAGACGGUCACAGACAGAGUAAGAGGUAAUAUCAGUGUGAUGUUGAGUGAACGAUUGACCCCCCCUCCAGAAGAAACGUACUCCUUACACAGAAAGUUAAGUGGAGUAUUUUUGUUGUGUUCAAGAUUGAACGCUCAAGUGCCAUGUGAGCAGUUGUUUGCGGAUAUAAUCGGCCAUUGAACAGUCUGAACAGGCUCCUUUGUAUAUAAUAAAUAAUGUUAAUCAUCUACGACUGAAAAAUUUAAGUUCUCUUUUUAGAUAAGAUUUAGCGCGCGAUUGCCAUCUCCAGUUACCACUUCUAUAUCUAAUUACAAUUAGAUGAAUUCGUAUGGGCUGUUAGCGGAGGACUCUGACAAGUCGCCCACAGGUGAUGAAGAUACUGACAUAUAUCUUGUGUUGGGAAAUCCGUCCCAAAGAAAUCGAAAGUUCAUCCGAACCAGUUCAGUUAUUCUUCCUUCUACUGGUGAAAGAGUACACAGAAAGCUUUCUUUCAAAGAUACUAACGAGAACAUUGACGAUAGUAAUGGGAUGAAUGAAGGGUCUAGUGAGCUCCAGCCAUUGCUUUUAUCAACCAACAUCUCCAUUCAAAAUAAGGCCAAGAUCUUGAUGUAUAUGGCACAUAACUUUAUUGUGGAAAUGUAUCAAAAUGAAAAGACAAAAAGUAUCCUCAAGUGUUCAUUGGCAUAUCUUAUUGGAUCUUUAGGGGUAUAUUGGCUGGUUUUAAACAGAUUCCUAGGUAAUUCAGACUUUAAGCACGUUAUUGCUACUGUUGUGGUAUAUUUCCACCCGUCAAGAACAAAAGGCUCAAUGCAUAUUACCUUGAUCUACGUGAUAAUAUCCAUCUCGUUCAGUUUCCUUGUGUGUUUUGGAUGCAGAUUCCUCUCCGCUUCUUUCUAUAAAAAUGGGAGUGAAGAGGUAAGUAUGGCUAUUGACUUGGUGGUUUCGUCAGUUAGCUUGGGGGUAGUGGCCUUCAUGAAACAGAAAGUUAACAAGGAGACUUUCAAUACGGCGUGCUCUUUGGCAUCUAUUUCCAUUGUGGCUUGUAUCAUAAAAGAGGGUAGUAUGAACGGAGCCAUCAUUCCCAUAGAGAGGCUAUUAUCAACUCUCCGGAUAGUGGUUACUGGGUGUUUUAUCUCGGUGGCUGUUUGUUAUCUUUUGUGGCCACAAACAGCAGAAAGCCUUGUUAAAAAGGAUUUGAAUGAUAGCUUCAACCUCAUGUCUUCUAUACUAUCAGUAAUUGUGAACCGGUUUCUAAAGGGAGAGAAUUUGGAUCAUAAAGACAACGAGCUUUUCAAUCGGUUGAAUCUGAAAAUCAACAACUUGAAGAAGAAUUUGGCUGAUGCAAAGGAAAGGAGUCUGAGUGGAAACACUUGGAAAUGUUAA